AAUAAAUAAAAUAAAAUAAAGGGCGUUUGGUCUUCGUUCUGGCUUGUCUGCUUCGCCGGCGACGUCGGGGGCCAUUUUUUUUUUUUUAAUUUUUUAUUAUUAUUUUAAAAGUUGUCUCUAUACUCUGGCGAACUUCAAAAACAAGACAUCGUUGUCAUCGCUUGGCGUCUCCAACUUUGCAACAAGCUCUCUCUCUCUCUCUCUCUCUCUCACAUCGGCGCGGUUGCUUGCUCGCUUGCUCUCAGGGGUGUCCAUGGAGGUUUCAGUUCGGUUCAAGCGCACUAUUCUCCUCUUAUUCGCAGCUUCUUUUCUUCUACCGUUGAUUCAAGCCACGGAUUUUAAGUACUGCGAUAAGGGAGCUGACUAUGCUGUAAAGGUUCAGGACAUUGAGAUAUCUCCUAAUCCAGUGGUGGCAGGCCAGCCAGCCACCUUCAACCUGUCAGCCUCUACUGGUGAAUCCAUCUCUGGGGGAAGGUUGGUUAUUCAGGUUUCUUACGUUGGGAUUCAUGUCCGCACAGAAAAACACAAUCUUUGUGAGGAGACAUCCUGCCCCAUUUCAGCAGGAGACUUUGUGAUCUCGCACACCCAAAAUUUACCAGGAUUUACCCCACCAGGCUCCUACACACUUAAGAUGAAGAUGGAGGGUAAGAACAGCGAGGAGUUGACUUGCAUUGCCUUCAAUUUCAAAAUUGGGUUUGGAUCACUUCUGUCAGAUAGCUAAGACUGCCCAGCGAGAUGUGAUGUCUAUGCCUCAAUUGUUGCUUGUUUUAUUGGCCUGUAAAGAAUAAAUUUCUUUUUUACUGCAACGUCUUCAACAUGACUCUGGAUGGUCUCUCUCCAGGUACCCUUCUGUAAUAUCAUAUCAUACCAACUUUGCUAUUAUGUCAUGUUAAAUAUUUGAAAUAUUCAGUAAUUUUUUAUCAUGUUUUCCUGUGAA